CUAUUUCUCGUCCGUUUCGAUCUGGGACUCUAAGUGAGAGAGAGAGAGAGAGAGAGAGAGAAUUGCAGAAAUGGAGGAGUGGAGGAGAUCAGGAGUAGUAGCGUUCUGGUGCGUUAUCUUCUUGGCCUUGCUCUGCGCUGGUUCGGUUUCUGGGGAAAGAAUCAUAGUUGGAGGAAAGCAAGCGUGGAAUCCGAAUGUAAACUACACGGAAUGGUCCGCCAAGCAACAUUUCUACGUCGGCUACUGGCUCUACUUUGUAUAUGAUAAGAGGUAUUACAGCGUUCUGGAGGUGAACAAGACUGAUUGCGAGAGAUGCUCAACGGAUCACCUAAUCGGAAAUUAUACGGGUGGAGCAGGGAGGGAUGUGGUUCAACUUAAUGAGUCUCGGCCUUAUUAUUUCAUCAGUGGUGGUGGGCAUUGCUGGAGAAAUAUGAAACUCUCUGUUGUUGUCGAACAAAAUCCGCCGGAACCAGCACCUGCUCCGACCAACAAUGACUCAUCGCCGCCCUCAAGAUCGCUGCUCUGGAUUCUUGCUACUGUUGUGGCUGUGGUGGCCUUGAGCAGCUCAUUCUUCAUAUAAUCAUGCAUGUGUUAUAUUUUGAUAUGGGAAUUUAGGAUAUUGGUGGAGGGUUGAACAAACCAUUAACCAUGCAUGUGGUGUGAUGUUUUUGCAUCAAAUUGGAAUCUUAUUCUGGAAAUUAAAUACAGAAAAUUAGUCAUAAUGAGUUCAUAAUAGCAUUGUGAUUCUUAA